AUGGUGGGCAGAAGUCAACGUACGGCUGCAAAAAAGAAUGGUCCCAGUGAUCCUAAAUCGUUGGGGGCGAAUAUCGAGAGUUCCCAGGAGGCAAACAGUAGCCAAGGGGGAGCUCUCGAUAUGAGAAACUAUCCGCUGCGGAUCUCCUUAGAAUCAUUAUUGACCGCAAUAAGGACCCCCUCAUCAGCCCCCUGCUCAGUGCAUUGUCCGAGAAAAUCCCAAAGGACUUCACUGAGUCUAUUGAAAGCGAGAAACGUGCCCGCAGCAUUGUCGUAUAUGGCUUCGCGCAUCGGACUGCCAGAAGGACCUCGAGGUGGAGUGCCGUCCCUCCGAAGUCUAUCGAAUGGCAACGGGGAUAACCGUCCUCGGCUGGUAAAAGUUGUACUUCCCUCCACUUCACAUUGGCGCACAGUGCUUGCGAAUGCCCGCCUACUCCGGGACACUGGCUUCCAUCAGUUUACCCGUACGACAUGGGAAACCUAUAACCCGCAUGUUCCAGUAUGGAUGCUGUUUACUUACGCUCGGAGUUUAGUUAAUAAACUAAUUCAGUUUCACUCUUUUGUUUCUCACUUCAAGCCUGAUAUACUGUGUGUCACCGAAACCUGGCUGAAAGGCAGCAUUCUUGAUGCCGAGAUAGUUGGCUCCCUUCCUUACUUUCUCCAUCGCCUUGACAGGUCUCGGGUCGAUGCUGACGAGGUCUACUAUGUCCGCAUCAUUACGAUAUACCGCCCUCCGAAUUCGACCAAAGCUGAUGAUGAUGCCCUGAUUGAAGUGCUCGGUGAUCUUGUGGCAGUGCGCUCGAGCACUGUGGUCCUUGGAGAUCUCAAUCUCCAAGUUGACUGGAGUAAACAGCAUGUUAUGCAACCCACCCAUAAUGGAAAGGUCCUUGACCUCAUACUUUCCACAUCACAUAAUAUCUCGAAUGUUUCAGUACUACCUCCGCUAGCUACGUCAGAUCAUAACGUUGUUUUCUUCGAUCUUCUUGAAGAGUCUAGUUCCCAUUGCCAUGUUCCUAGGCCAGAUUUCUUGAGCACUGACUUUGCUGCCCUCAACAACUUCCUCUUAGGCGUGGAUUGGUGGGCACUUUUUGAUCAGUAUUCCUCGAUGGAUGACAUAUACCAGCGAUUCUGUGGGGUGGUUUACAGCGGGCUUGCUAAAGGUUCAUUCAAGAUCGUAUCACCAUUUGAGAAAGUUCGCUCUCCUCUCGGAAGCGCACCUUAUAGAAAAGUUUGUUCUGAUUUAGAUCACCAUUUGAGAAAGUUCCUCGCUAACUAUGAGCGCAGGCUUGGAUCGCAUGUUUCCUUACAACGGCUUUUCCAUUACUUUCGGCGCAAGCUGAAGUCAAACCAGUUACUCCCCACACUAUCUGACCACACGGGUAGGGUUUACCGUAGUGACGCGGACAAAGCAGAGGCACUCGCUAACCAUUUCUCUAGUAUUUUCACGUCUAAUUUCUCUCAUGAAUGGAACCUCGCGUGCUUCACAUGUUAA